AUGUCGGAACAGGGCGGCGACGAGUCUUCCGACAAACCAUGUUUUCCGACUACCACACUCGCGGCGGUCCUCCUUGACUCUUUCAACAUCUUCCUCAAAAACCUCCCCCUUUAUUUAUACAUCUUCUUCUUCACCACCCUCCCUCUCUCUUUCCUCCUCUUCUCCCUCUCCCUGUCCUCCCGCCCCGUCACGACCCUAGUCCGCCACCUCGAGGCCCUCGCCCUCCUCGCCCCCACCCGGUUCGAAUCACGCCAUCUUUGGAAGGAGUCCCGCCGUGAAGCUGUCUCCCUCCUCCGCCUCCGCGCCCUCUACCUCCUUCCCUCCUAUGCCCUAUCCAUCACUGCUGCCACCUCAGCGGUCGCCUCUGCUGCCGCCGCCCUCUCAGGCAAGCGCCCCACGCUGGCCACCGCCGCCGCCGCUGUCAGGUUGACGUGGAAGAGAACCUUGGCCACAUCGAUAUGCGUUUACGGGAUCAUGAUGGGGUAUUGUUAA